AUGAACGGAGCACAAUUCACAGAUAGAGCCAACAAGGCUUUGUUGGACUCCAGCCAUCUGGCGGAGCAAUACGCCCACUCGCAGAUCCUCCCCGUUCACUUGGCAGUCGCUCUUCUGAACCCCUCGAUAGAUGAGUCCAAGGACCAACAAGCCGCUUCCCACCCUUCCCACGACUCGUCCACCGCCCCGCUCUUCCGCCAGGUCGUCGAGCGCGCCCAUGGCGAUCCCCAGCAGCUGGACCGUUCCCUCAUGAAAUCACUCGUCCGCUUACCGAGUCAAGAUCCGCCUCCAGAGACCGUCAGUGUCUCGCCUUCCCUGGCGAAAGUCAUCCGGUCUGCAACCGAUCUCUCCAAGACACAGAAAGACAGCUAUGUCGCCAUCGAUCACCUCAUUCUCGCCGUGGUCCAGGAUUCACAGGUCCAGCGGGCAUUGGCGGAUGCCAACAUUCCCAAUGUCAAGCUGAUCGACACCGCUAUCCAGCAGAUCCGGGGUACAAAGCGGGUAGAUUCCAAGACCGCCGAUGCCGAGAGCGAAAACGAGAAUCUCAAGAAAUUCACCAUCGAUAUGACUUCCCUGGCGCGGGAGGGUAAGAUCGAUCCCGUCAUUGGCCGAGAGGAGGAGAUCCGGCGGGUCAUCCGGAUUCUCAGUCGUCGUACCAAGAACAACCCCGUCCUCAUCGGUGAACCCGGUGUCGGAAAGACCACCAUCGUCGAAGGACUCGCUCGUCGGAUUGUCAACGCGGAUAUCCCGGCGAAUCUGGCACAAUGUCGGCUGCUCUCACUCGAUGUCGGUUCGCUGGUCGCCGGCAGCAAGUACCGCGGGGAGUUCGAGGAGAGAAUGAAGGGUGUCCUCAAGGAGAUCGAGGAGUCCAAGGACACGAUUGUCUUGUUCGUGGAUGAGAUCCAUCUCCUCAUGGGCGCCGGCUCUAGCGGCGAGGGAGGUAUGGACGCCGCCAACCUGCUGAAGCCUAUGCUGGCCCGUGGCCAAUUGCAUUGCAUCGGUGCCACCACGCUCGGCGAAUACCGCAAGUACAUCGAGAAGGAUCAAGCGUUCGAACGACGUUUUCAGCAAGUCCUCGUCAAGGAGCCCACCGUUCCCGAAACCAUCUCCAUCCUGCGUGGUCUCAAGGAGAAGUACGAAGUGCACCACGGCGUCAACAUCCUCGACGGCGCCAUCGUCGCAGCGGCCGAGCUGGCGGCGCGCUACCUCACCGCCCGUCGUCUGCCCGAUUCGGCGGUCGACCUGAUCGACGAGGCAGCCGCAGCCGUGAGAGUCACCCGUGAGUCGGAGCCUGAGGCGCUGGACAACCUGGAGCGGAAACUCCGCCAGCUCCAGAUCGAAAUCCACGCCCUGGAGCGGGAAACGGACGAUGCCUCCAAGGCACGUUUGGAGACAGCCAAGCAGGAAGCCGCGAACGUCACCGAGGAGCUGCGGCCCCUGCGCGAGAAGUACGAAAGCGAGAAGCAGCGCAGCAAAUCCAUCCAGGACGCCAAGAUUAAGCUCGACUCGCUCAAGGUCAAGCGUGAUGAAGCCGAGCGGAUGGGCGACACCCAGACCGCGGCCGAUCUGGAGUACUACGCCAUUCCCGAGACCAAGACCCUGAUCGACCGCCUCGAGAAAGAGCGCAUGAAGGCGGACGAGGAGCGCCGUUCCCGCCAGGGCGAUGCCGGGGAGGCCCUCCUGGCUGAUGCGGUCGGACCCGAGCAAAUCAACGAGAUCGUCGCCCGUUGGACCGGUAUCCCCGUCACUCGACUCAAGACCACCGAGAAGGACAAGUUGCUGAACAUGGAGAAGUACCUGGGCAAGCUCGUGGUGGGCCAGAAGGAGGCCGUGACAUCGGUGUCCAACGCCAUCCGUCUGCAACGGUCCGGUCUCAGCAACCCCAACUCGCCGCCCAGCUUCCUCUUCUGCGGUCCCUCGGGUACGGGUAAGACGUUGCUGACCAAGGCGCUCGCCGACUUCCUCUUCGACGACCCCAAAUCGAUGAUCCGGUUCGACAUGUCGGAAUACCAAGAACGCCACUCGCUGAGCCGGAUGAUCGGUGCUCCCCCGGGUUACGUGGGCCACGACGCCGGCGGCCAGCUGACCGAGUCGCUGCGGCGCCGCCCCUUCUCGAUCCUGCUGUUCGACGAAAUCGAGAAGGCAGCGAAGGAGGUGCUCACCGUUCUGCUGCAGCUCAUGGACGACGGUCGGAUCACCGACGGCCAGGGCAGAAUCGUCGACGCGAAGAACUGCAUCGUCGUCAUGACGUCCAACCUGGGCGCCGAGUUCCUAGCCCGCCCCACGACCAAGGACGGCCGCAUCGACCCCCAGACCCGCGAGCUGGUCAUGGGCGCGCUGCGCGACUACUUCCUGCCCGAGUUCCUGAACCGGAUUUCCAGCAUCGUCAUCUUCAACCGGCUCACCAGGAAGGAGAUCCGCAAGAUCGUCGACCUCCGCCUCGCAGAGGUACAGCGCCGCCUCGAGCACAACAACCGCAACGUCACCAUCGAGUGCUCCGAGGAAGUCAAGGAUUACCUGGGCGAGUCCGGCUAUUCGCCCGCGUACGGCGCCCGCCCGCUGUCCCGCAUCAUCGAGCGCGAGGUCCUCAACAAGCUCGCCGUGCUGAUCCUCCGCGGCAGUGUGUGCGACGGCGAGGUCGCGCGCGUGGUCAUGCGCGAUGGCCGGAUCGACGUGCUGCCCAACCACGAGGUCGAGUCUGUGGAGGACGAGGAGAUGGUUGAUGAGGAUGAGGCGCUGGCGGAGAUUGAGGAUGCCAGCGGCGAUAUGGAUUUGUACGAGUAG